AUGGAAGGCAUUGUGUGUGCUUGGCUGCGCAAUGACCUGCGCCUUCAUGACAACGGUGUGCUGCACCAGGCUGCGGCAAUUGCAUCCAGGAAGAACCUGCGGGUGCUUCCAGUUUAUGUGUUUGAUCCACGCUACUUCCAACGCACCCGGUAUCGGACGCUGAGAACAGGAUGUCUCCGGGCCCUUUUCCUUCUGCGGUCCGUCCUGGCAUUGAAGCGACAGCUUCGGCGUGUGGGAUCAGACCUUCUCAUCAAGGUCGGCCGCCCGGAAAAGCUCCUCCCAACGCUGCUCGCGGAAGAUGCGCACCUCCUCACGCAGCAGGAGGUCACAUCUGCAGAGCUCACGAUCGACGGUAACCUGCGACGAGCCUUGAGCGGCAGGUGCCAGUGGCAAUACUGCUGGGGUUCCACGCUCUUCCACAGGGACGAUGUUGGCUGUGCAGCAAGCCUCGACAAUAUACCAGAGUACUUCAACCAGUUUGUGAAGUGUGUAUGGUCGGGCCAGGUGCAGAAAUCUGAGGAGCAGGUGGACAUUCCUCGGGUAGCCCGCUUGGUGCGGCCCUGCUUGCCAGAUCUGGAGCUUGGGAGCCUGCCGCUGCCCGAAGCCCACGAUCUGGACUUCGAGCCGACCUGGCGAGAUCUGCCAUAUGCGGAGGAGCUACCAGAGCCCUGUCGUGACGACGAGUUCUUGGGGGGCGAGGAAGCCGGGUUGGAGCGCCUGGCCGACUAUCUGAGGACGGACUUCCAGUACACGUUUCACACAGACCGCUUGGAGCAUUUCGGUGAGUACUAUGCAUCCAGAUUGGGGCCCUGGAUGGCACAUGGCUGUCUCUCGCCACGCAAGGUCUUUGAAGAGAUUUGCCGCUGCGAAGUCCAGUCUCCGGGCCUGUCGCACACGCAGCGCCUGGCGGUCGAGUUGACUUGGCGGGACUUCUUCCGAUACCUGUCCGGGAAGCAUGGUAACGGCAUCUUCCGUGAAGGUGGGGUGAAAGGCUACAAGCGAAAGUGGAAGCAGGACGUUCGCAUGUUCAAUCUCUGGUCUGAAGGUCGAACUGGCUACCCACUCGUGGACGCCUGCAUGCGCGAGCUGGGAGCCACUGGCCUGGCAUCAAACCACGCGCGGCUGAAUGCAGCGUCCUUUCUUGCCUGCAGCAUGGGCUUCGACUGGAGGCGCGGUGCAGAUUGGUUUGAGAGCCAUCUUCUGGACUAUGAUGUAACCUCCAACUGGGCGAAUUGGGUGCGCUGCGCCGGCCUCACGGAGGGUCGCCUGAGCUCUUUCAACGUGGUCAGGCAGUCGCAAAAGCUGGACCCAGAGGGGGUGUACCUGAAGCGCUGGCUGCCAGAGUUGGAGCAG